CAUUGUCGAUUUAUUAGUAGGUAAUUUUAGGUGGGAGUUGACUGUAUGACUGAAUACGAGCCAAAGCAGAGCAACAAUUUAAUCAACUUUACUGGGAAUGAUACAUUCGCAACAAUAACUUUAUCAUAUCUACGAACAUAAAACAAAAUGUCCAACUCAAUAUGUGCAGUGACUGAUGAGAUAAAACUGAUGUUGAAAGAUUUUCGUUUCCGGAAGGAUCACAAUACUGCUGCUCUUAUAUUGAAAGUUGACAGAGAGAAGCAACUCAUUGUCUUAGAUGAAAAACUAGAGGACAUCACAAUUGAUGAACUUCAGGAGUCCUUGCCAAGCCAUCAGCCUAGAUAUGUGAUAUUAUCCUACAAACAGGAGCACAAGGAUGGGAGGGUUUCCUAUCCUUUGUGUUUCAUUUAUUACACACCAAGAGACAGUCAUGCGGAACUACAAAUGAUGUAUGCAGGCUCAAAAAUUUCAUUGCAAAGAGAUGCUGAUCUUACCAGAGCAUAUGAAGUUCGUGAGUUGGAGGAUUUGAAUGAGGAAUGGCUAUUAGAAAAAUUAGGUAACUAAUCACUGAUCAGUACAAAUAUAUAUACAAAACUAUUUAAAGUAAUUAUUAUUACUGAUCAAGUGGUAAAUAGCCUGUGUAGCUUUUGGAUGUAAAAUCAUAAAAUUGAGUACUGAAAGUAAGGACAAUAUUUAUUUGAUUCAACUUACUGUAAAACAAAGUGGAGACAUUCCAUAACAUCAGGGCUUUUACACUUUUAUAUAUUACUUACAAAUAUUGAAUAUUCACCAACCAAAAACCAUUUUUUGCUACAGUUUUUAAUAUAUCAAUGUCAACUUUAUAGAUAAUAUUAAUAAUAUUUACAUAAAUUUCUACUACUAAUCAAAUCAAUUCAAAUAUAUUCAAGUUUUUGCCUAAAGUCCAGAAAUAUAAGAAGCUUUAAAAGGUAGAUACUUGAAAAAAAACAUAGUUCAAUGUGUAUAUUCACUUAAAAUUAUUUUGUUAUAUAUUUAUUCCCUUGAAAGUACAAGGUUGGACAUUGUGACUAUCUGUUUUAAACGCGCAUAAAGAAUUAUCUAUUCGUCCACAUGCUUGCUGUAGGCCAAUGUUUUUGUGUGAUAUUGAAUAAAAUAUCAUUUGAGUUGCGGCCACCAUUUGCAUUAACAAACACAAGAAGAAAGUUACUAAACAAAUAACAAUAAAUUACAUAUAAUAUGACCACGUUCCAAUCAGAUUUAACAAAAGCAAUGUUCUUAUAAUAUGUUGUGUUUGACAGUUGGUUCCAUGUAUUAUCUUCAAUUUAUUAACCUUUGUAAAAAGAAUAUAUCAUAAUACAUGCAUAGCAAAUAAAACCCCUCUGAUUAAUA